AUGGUCAGGCCAUCCGGACGAGCGGGCAUGGGCAAGCGCAUCGCCGUAAUCGAGCGCAAGUCCAUCCACCACGAUCCGGGCUGCGACAUUUCACAGCGGGAGGCAGAGGUUCUCACCUCAUACGACAUCCUGUCUAACUGGCGGAACACCCUCGUCGUCCCGGGUUGCCCACCCAUCUGGUCACCACCGCCUUUGCCCAUCCGAAUCCCAGCGGAUAAGGACGAAGAUCCCACCCACCCACGGCAGCCCGCACGUCUCAAUUUCCCGACGUGCCCGCUGGAACCUCUCUUCCGGGCACUACCAAUCACUCGCCCCACGCUUUCUCUGCGGUCCUUCGACAUCAUCACGGACCGCCACUCGCUGCGCGAGCUGCUGGCGUUCCUGGGCAGCGACGCGGCCGAUUUCCAGAUCAACGCCGAGGUGGUCGCGAAUACCCUGUUGCUGUCGGGGCAGGCAAGGUUCUGGGGCUCCGCGAGUGAUGGGUAUGGCAAGAGUCUUGAGCGGAGGUUCACCAGGAGACAAGAGUGCUCCCGGGAGAGUGUGAUGCAUUGUCGUGCGGUAGGGUAUACGCUUGGCGGGCUGAGGUUGCUGGUGCGCUUCGAGGUCGAUGCGUGCAUUGGGGAGGAGGAGGCCGCCGCAGAGGAGGUGGAGCUGGAGCCGCCCCGAGAGGUGCCCGUGACGCCCACCGGAGUCCGCAUCGUGCCUGGAGGAGUCUUGGUGCCGGAGGAGAGCAUCGUCGAGCUCAAGUCCAAGGCCAAGGGGAAGAGGUAUAUCAGGCAGGCCGAGCAGCUGUGGUUCUCGCGCACGCCGAUCCUCAUCAUUGGGUACCACGAGGGUGGCGGGAAUAUCGUCGAGGUCGAGCAGCGGGAUGUCGAGAAGACCGGGUGGCUCGAGAAGUGGGAGCUCACCAAUACCGAGAAGCUCCAGAAGCUGGUGAGAGCACUGGAGAUGCUGCGGACGGUUAUGGUGGUGAGGGGAGGGAGGUUUGCGGUCGUGACACAAAAGCGCCAGAGUGCGCUUAGUGUCUACGAGAUGCAAAAGAGUUCUCAGUUUGGGCUGCCCGAGGAUAUUAAAGCGGGCUGGAAAUAG